AUGGCAGUCGAAACUGCAGUCCUUGGCCCAAAUGCAGAAACGGACUACCACAAGUUAAUUGACCCUUCCAAGAAAUGGUACAAAAACCGACGGCUAAUUGUUCUGAACUUGUGGAUUCUACUCCUGUUGAUCACCUCAACUGCAAAUGGCUACGACGGGAGCAUGAUGAACGGCCUUCAGCUUGUUGACCAGUGGGAAAUAGCCUUCAACUUCCCCAGUGGCCCUAAACUUGGUUUGCUCGGAGCUAUACAGAAUAUAGGCACACUCGGUUCUCUUCCGAUGACACCGUACCUUUGUGAUGGGCUCGGAAGAAAGAGAACAAUAUUUGUUGGAGCCACAAUUGUAGUCGCCGCCGCCAUCAUACAGACGGCAGCUCAGACAGUAGAGAUGUUCAUUGGGGCUAGGUUUAUGCUCGGAUUUGGACUUGGAUUCUGUACUGCCGCAGCUCCUAUGUUGGUCACCGAGUUGGCUUACCCGACACAGCGCGGCCCGAUCUCGUCGGUGUACAAUGCCCUUUGGCCAGCAGGCGCAGUUAUCGCUGCAUGGCUAACGUUUGGCACGUUCCAUAUCAACACUUCCUGGGCAUGGCGUGUCCCAUCUGCAGUCCAGGCAUUUCCCUCUGUACUACAAUUCAUACUUAUCCUCUUCGCACCCGAAAGCCCUCGCUGGCUAGUCGCCAAGGGUAGAGAGGAAGAGGCACUAGACAUCCUCGCAUACUACCACACGAAUGGCAACAAGCAAGAUCCGCUCGUACAGUUCGAGUUCCAGGAGAUUCGCUCAGCACUUGCAGCGGAACGCUUGCAGAAACAAACUGGGUGGUUGCAGUUAGUGCGCACGCCCGGAAAUAGGCGCCGUAUGAGGAUUAUCAUUGCUAUUGCGUUCUUUUCACAAUGGAGUGGUAACGGGCUGGCGUCCUAUUAUCUUAACAAAGUCUUUGACACGAUAGGCAUUCAAGAUAGGACGGAACAACUCUUGAUCAGUGGCGGAUUAAGCAUAUGGUCUGCUAUCACUGCCAUCACGGGAGGCCUAUUAUGUGACAAGGCCGGACGAAGACCAUUGUUCCUGGCUUCAACUGCGGGGAUGUUGCUAUUCUUCGUAUUGCAGACGAUCUGCUCGGCGCAAUUCGCGUUACAUGGAAACAAAGCCGCCGGGAACGCCGUCGUUGCAUUCUUAUUCCUAUACAGUGCCGCAUACGGAAUGGCAUAUUCGCCGCUUAUUACAUCAUAUACCCUCGAGAUUCUCCCGUUCAGUUUGCGUGCUAAAGGGUAUACAGUCUUUGGAUUCUCGGUCUGCGCAUCACUUGUGUUCAAUCAGUACAUCAAUCCGAUCGCAUUCGCGGCGAUCGCGUGGAAGUAUUAUAUUGUGUACUGCGUUUGGCUCACAUUUGAGCUCGGUUUUAUAUAUCUUUACCUCAUUGAGACGAAGAAUCGGACACUUGAAGAGACUGCCCUAAUAUUCGAUGGCCUUGAUAAUGUCGCGAAGGUAACUACUAAGGCCGCUGCCCGAGCUGGCCUAAGGGACGUGGAAGCUGAGACACCUAUCGACGAGAAAUCACCUGCAUCCAUACACGAGGAAGAAGUAAUAAGCAAGGUGUAG